AAAAUAAGAACACUUAUUACAUAUAUAUAUAUUAUAAUACGCUUAUAGUUAUCAGCGUAUUAGUUGCUUUGUAGUAUUUACUAUUUAGUGGCUUAGUUAUUCCAUGCUUUUAAUUGUUGUGUAAAUAGAUUUAACUAAUUUCAUCAUUAUUCAUAACAAUUGUUAUAACUAACACGUGCUGGGAUUUGUAAAUUCUUUAAAUUAAAUUCAUUUUGGGAACUUAAUAUUAUCAAAGUUUAAAAACAAUUUAUUUUUAUCCGAAAUGACUCUUAAUCGUCCAAAACCAAGUGCUAGUCCAUCAGAUGAUUCAGCUGUUGGUGAUAUGAAUAGUAAUGGAACAAGUACAACAAGUAGUAGUAACGGUGAAGCAUUAUGUCCGGAAACUACUUCAACGACAACAACAGAAAGUUUAACUGAAUCAUAUACAAAACUAGCAUUAACUAAACGACAAACAUCUCUUGUCAUAGAAUCUACUGCCGAUUCAAAUGAUCCAGGGAAAAUGUUUAUCGGUGGCCUCAGUCCUACUACAACCUCUGAGGGUUUACGGGACUAUUUUCAAAAAUAUGGUGAGCUUAGGGAAUAUAUGAUUAUGCGUGAUCCUCUUACAAAAAGAUCAAGAGGUUUUGGAUUUAUUACAUUUUCCGAUCCAAUGUGUGUGGAAAAAGUUCUUGAAACAGCUCCACAUAUUUUGGACUAUAAAAAGAUUGAUCCAAAACUUGCUGUUCCUCGUAAAUCUGGUCAAAAUACAAAAGAAUGCGACCCUCCCUUUGUCAAUCCUUACUUUUACGCCUGCAUUGGAUCCUCCUUGUUCACCGACGAUGCUGUCCAGGUAUCUACAAAAACUAAACGUGUAUUCAUCGGUGGAGUUGCAACACAGACAACAAAUGAAGAAUUAAGUGAAUACUUUAGUCAAUUUGGCAAGCUAGAAUCAUGUGAAUUAAUGAUGGACAAGUCAACUAAUCGACAUAGAGGCUUUGGAUUUGUUACUUUCGAAUCAGAAGAAUCAGCUGAAAAAGUUUGUGAAAUUCAUUUUCAUGAUUUGCAUAAUAAAAUGGUUGAAGCUAAAAAGGCCGUUCCAAAAGAAGUGAUGAGUACAAAUAAUUCCUUGAUUAAGCAACGACAUCAGUUUAUUCGUGCUCCAAUUUCACAUUUUCUUCCUGCUCAGUUGAAUGGAGCUGCAGCGGCGGCUGCAGCAGCAGCUGCUGCUUCAUAUACAUUGACAGCAACAUCACCAAUUACAGCACGUCAACCAAGUGCCUAUGCUUACUUACCUGGAUAUUAUCUAUCUCCAGGUGAGUGUCCUCUAUCACAACCCCUCUCAGUCUUCUUACCUCCGACUGCUAUUCUUCCUCCAUAUGCUAAUGUAAUCUCCAUGACCUAAAAAUAAUGUUAUUUAUAAUAGUCAUAACUCAGUGAAAAUGUAAUAUCUAUCUUCUUAAUGGGUAUGCAAAUAUAUAUAUAUAUAUAUAUAUAUAUAUAUAUAUAUAUAUAUAUAUAUUGGCGCACUUCUAUCGAAUUUGAAAAAGCAAUGAACACGUUUAUUUUUUGCUGUGUUUUAUGCAAACUAUUUCAAAUAAAAUAACUCGAUAUAAUUCAUUGCCCAAAAUCGGAGUUAAUGUUUCAUUUUCGUUUAUUGCAUUGCAUGUUUAUCACUUGAUUUCUAUAAAUUCUAUGCAUCACAUCAAUUGUUUUCUUCUUCAUUCAUUAUUCUUUCAUAUUCUUACUUAAAUCAUAUCUACUAUAUCUUUCCAUUUUUCAACUAAUGAUGUGUUUAUUUGUUGUCUGUUAUUCUAUAGAAUUUGUGUUUCUAUGUAUAUUUGUAUGUGCCUACAUUCAUGUAGUUCAAAAUAUUUUAUUUUAAAUCGUUACAUUUAAAGACUUGAAUUAUUAUCAUAUUUUCUCUUUGAAAUAUAUUUUUUAACAAUUAAAGUGUUUCUGAGUCCCCCCAAAUGUUUCUAAUUUUCAUUCUUUUUUUUUUU